CCUGUAUAAUCCCGGAGUGACGAACAGGGCGAAGAUGAUUGUCUUUGGAGCUGCGCUGCUGCUGCUGCUGUAUUUCUCAGACGCAACCUUAUUACAGGGACCUCUUAUCUCUUUGCCGUCCUCACCUUUGGACUGUGUUGAAGCCUAUCAUGUGUGCUCAACUGAACCUCAGUGUGAGGCACUGUACCGAGGCUUGGAACUGUGUGCCGCCGACGCAGCGAUUUCACCACUAGGGGAACAGGCGGCAGCUGAGUGCCUGGAGAGACAGGAUGUUCUUCUGUCCAAACAUCCUGCUCUGUUGUCCUGCAAAUGCCAACGCGGAUUUCGCAGGGAGGAGAUUUGCCUGCGCAUAUACUGGAGGGUUCGACUCCUGCCGGGGGAUGAUGAGUUGGAAAUAUCUCCCUAUGAAGACACUCUGAUGGAUACUCAAAUGGCCUCUUUAGUGGCAGCUUCGUCUUUCAUGCAAUCGGAUGGCGAGAACCAGUGUUUAAAGGCAGCACAGGACUGUGGUCUGUAUGAGAAGUGUGGCUCCUUGCGCUCAGAGUACGUCUUGGCGUGCACCAAGCGUGUUCCAGGGUCCAACCGAUGCAACCAGCACAAGUGCCACCGGGCCCUGCGGCGAUUCCUGGAGAGGGUGCCUGAGGAGUACAGCCUCACCGUUCUCUUCUGCCCCUGCACCGAUACCCUGUGCGGUGAGCGGAGGAGGAAAACCAUUGUACCUUCGUGCUCCUACCAGGAGACGGAGGAGGUACAACCCAACUGUCUCCACCAGCAGAGUUUCUGUCGACGGGACGACCUUUGCAGAUCCAGACUGGCUGACUUCCUUAAUAACUGCCAGCCAUCUCCUGCCACAGCCAGUGGCUGUUUGAAGGACUCAGCAGGUCUCUGCCUCCGAGCAUAUGCUGGACUCAUUGGCACCAUCAUGACGCCAAACUACAUCAGUAACAGCUCUGCUGAAGUUUCACUCUGGUGCAACUGUGAAGGCAGUGGAAAUCAGUGGCAGGAAUGUCUGAAACUGCAGCGGAUGUUUACGCACAACCUUUGCCUCCGUAACUCCGUCAGCUGGAUGGGCAGUCUUGGCUCGCUGCCUGACAUCACACCCCCUCCCCCCAGACCCUCCCCCUUGCUGCAGCAGGACAAUCUGCUAAACAACAACAACCACCUGCCUGUCCACAACAAUGUUGUGGUGGAGAGCGAGGAGGAAGAAAAGCUGGCACAGAUAGAGGUAGAAGAGGAGAACACUGAAGGAGGCCAGUUUGAUCUCAUUCCCCUGUACUCAGAGAUGGCCACUGUGUCCAUUUUGGGUUCUGGUGGGACCCAGGAUGCAGCUGUGUCUCUCAACACUGGUCCUGCACAACCCUUAAUAUUGCUUCUGCUGGUCCUGUCUGUCUAUACUAUCUCUGGAUAAGCUCUCUCACACACAAACAUACACAGAAAAUAACACACACAGUGGAUCCCUCGACACCCCUGAACUGAUUCCAGAGAAAUAUUCACACAAAGUUGGACACUUUCCUUCUUGUUUCCCCUCUUUACUCUAUGUCCAUCUCUUAAUAUCGGCACUUGCGGCCUGUGGCAGCAGUGGCAUAUUCACGUCCUGGCAUCCUAACAGGAUGGCAGCAGUGGGGCACUUGCAUGCUGCCAUCAGAGUUUUACCAUUUUGUAGCUGUGUUGUCACAGGAAGGAAAACUUUCAUUUCAUUUUGAAGUUGGUUAGUUGUUACCUGAGUUUGAGCUAAGCUUACUCUGAAACGAUAUCAACUACGGCUAACCAUAUGAAAGGGAUCAUUCAUGGCUUUCACACCAAAUGUGAUAGAUGUGAGCUGAGCGGAUCGACUUUACAUACACAAUCAAUAUAGAUGGCGCAAACAACACGUGAUUUAAUGUCAAGCGCCGCGAUUGGAACUUCGGAACGAGCGUCUGACACAACGCGAAUGAAGCGAACCAUGUCCGACGCGACGCAAAUUAAUUUGGAAAAAAUUGAACUUUGCAGGCGGCACCGGCCUGAAGUUAAGCAGAGACGUUUGCGAAAAAAAUGGCCACCAAUGCCACUGCUUCAUUUUAAUGAGACCGGAAUUAAAAAGAAGAGGCAUGUGCCAAAGUCAGCCUGCAGGUGGCACUCUGGGAAAAUUGUAAGACGAUCUGUGGCUUGUUUUACUGUGUUACUGACUGUGUAAGUAAAACUGUGCAAAAACGGCACAGGUGUAGCGCCUGAAUUUUGAAACGUCGCUCAACGUUGGGCAAAGAUAUCAAUGCAAAAUAAUGUUAAAAUACAUGUAUGACACUUUAGCGAAAAGAUUUGAUCGGAAGCGUACGAUGCAAAAUUCAGAAGUAAACAUGGUACGAAUUGAUCAAAUGAUCAUGCACAGUAUUUCUAAACCAGUGGUUUCCCCCCACGAAUUGAAAUACUAUUGAGAACCUGAUAACGUGUAUAUUUUUAUCUGUACAAACCACUGUAUGAGUUGCUGCCACCUAGUGACUGGAGGCUUGUUAUAAUUCAAGCAUUACAGCAGUGGUGCAUUUGUGCCCAGCGUGCCAUAUUCCAAUGGAAGCCCCUCAUGCCCUCCCCCACCCUUGUAUUCCAAUGCGCCCCCUGCAGGGUGCCCCGCGCCACUACUUGAGAAGUACUGUUCUAAGGUAAAACAAGAUGCACAAAUCUCAGACUUUGGUCAUAAAUUGACAAUACUUCCGAUAUUUAUAAGUAUUUAACAUUAUCUGCCAACCCCGUAAGUGACUAAAUAGUGUGUCUACAUGUCUGCCACAAGGUUCUGGAACUCCUGAAAUGCACUGUAGAUGCUUUGAUGUCCUACAUUUGUGAUGCCAUAACGGUUUUCUUUGAUUUAUGGACCAAGACUGUGUAGCACCCUCUGCGUAGCUUGUGCUGUCCCUUCAUUUAGGUGCAGUCGUUUUGAUCUUGAUUUCAGAGUUUUGAUCUGUUUCAUUUGAACUUGUUUAUUAUAUUAUUUCCUUUGACCAACAAUUAAUGGUGCACACCGGUGUAAAAUGUAACGCUUGAAAAGCAUUUUUGUUUUCUUACAAAUUAAGCCAUUAUCAGCCAUUAAAGUGUCAA